AUGCCAGCGGCGAUGGCCGGCGGUUCAGGCGGCAUGGCCAGCGGCCCUCGAUCCCUCGAUUGCCGCAGCUUCUGGAAGGCCGGCGCGUUCGAGGCCCCCUCCGCCGCCGCCCGCGGGUUCCACGACAUGCUGGAGACAGGGGACUUCGACCGCGCGCGGGUGCACCCCAAGUUCCUCCACACCAACGCGACCUCCCACAAGUGGGCGUUCGGAGCUAUAGCUGAACUUCUUGACAACGCAGUUGACGAGAUUUGCAAUGGAGCCACAUUUGUAAAAGUGGAUAAAAGCAUCAAUUUAAAAGACAGUAGGCCAAUGCUGGUUUUCCAAGACGAUGGAGGAGGAAUGGAUCCUGAAGGUGUACGGCAAUGUAUGAGUUUAGGAUUCUCAACCAAGAAAUCAAAGACAACCAUUGGCCAGUAUGGAAAUGGCUUUAAGACGAGCACAAUGAGACUUGGUGCUGAUGCAAUUGUUUUUACUCGUGCAAUCCGUGGGAGUAAUGUUACCUUGAGUGUUGGCUUGCUCUCAUACACUUUCUUGAGGAGAACAAUGAAGGAUGACAUAGUUGUCCCUGUGCUCGAUUUUCAAAUCCAAGAUGACCACAUUGUACCUUUGGUGUAUGGUUCACAAGGUGAUUGGGACAGUAGCUUGAAGAUAAUACUUGAUUGGUCCCCCUUUUCUUCAAUGGAAGAACUGCUACAGCAGUUCAAGGAUAUUGAGAGCCAUGGAACUAAGGUGGUGAUAUAUGAUCUAUGGAUGAAUGAUGAUGGCCUUUUAGAACUUGACUUCGAUGAUGAUGAUGAGGACAUAUUACUUAGAGAUCAAGCUAAAGCUACUGCGGGGACGACAAAGAUCCAAAAAGAAAUUAUUGAGCAACAUAUAUCCCACAGACUCAGAUUCUCUUUGCGAGCGUAUACUUCCAUCCUUUAUCUUAAGAAGUAUGCAAACUUCCAAAUUAUAUUAAGAGGAAAAGUGGUUGAACAUAUAAACAUUGCUCAUGAUCUGAAGUUCAAGAAAAUGUUUACUUACAAGCCUCAAGUCGCGCUUGAUUCUCAAGUGGUCUCAGUGAAGGUAGAUGUCGGAUUUGCCAAGGAGGCGCCAGUUUUGGGCAUUUUUGGGAUGAAUGUCUACCAUAAAAAUCGACUAAUAAUGCCCUUCUGGAAGGUUCUUCAGGAAGGAUCGAGCAGAGGGAGGAGUGUUGUAGGUGUACUUGAGGCAAAUUUUAUUGAACCGGCACAUGACAAACAGGAUUUCGAGAGGACUCCACUAUUCAUUCGUUUGGAAACAAAACUUAGACAAAUUAUCAUUGAGUACUGGAAAAACAACUGUCAUUUGAUAGGUUACCAGCCAAUGAAUCCACAAUUAAAAACACAGUAUAAGGCUGCCAAAGGUUCAGGUGGUCCUGGACAUGAGUUUCAGCAGAAAUCAUCGACUGCUCAGAGGAUUGGAGUGCAUUCAUCAUCGACUGCUCAGAGGAUUGGAGCGCAUUCAUCAAAUUUGCUACCGGAAACAUAUGAUGAUGCAGCAGUCUUUGGACUGAGAACUAAUGGUGCAGGUUCUGGUUUGCAAUUUUCUGGCCAAGCACAAGAAAACGGUACGAAUUCAGCAGGCUUGGAAGAGGAUCUAGUCAAUAUUGCCUCUGAUGGUGAACUUGAUCCUAAUUUCCUUGAGAAGCUGAGUGAUGAAAACAUUUCUCUGUUCACAAGGCGCGAGGAGCUUAAACAACGAGAUACACAAUUGAAGCAGACGAUUUUGGAGUUGGAGCAUGAACUAGAGGAAACAAAAAGGAAAUGCUCUCAGCUUUCUACUGAGCUACAGGUGCGGAAGAGCCAGCAGCAGCUCCCGUACAUGUGA